CGCACGGUCGCUCGCUCGCUCUCUCGCUCCUGGCCGCGGGGUAAAAACGGUCUGGAGCCCUUGGCGGGCUUCGGUGGUGCCAGGCUUCUCCGACGUGGGGGCGGAUGGCGGGAGGCUCGCGGCCGCGGCGGUUGAGGUGCGGAGGACGGGGCGGCCCGGGUGAUCCCGCCGCGGUUCCCUCUCAGGGCUCAGGCGGCUGUGGCGCCCCCGCUCCCCGGGCCACGCCGCCGAGGCCAGACCCGGCCGGGGCUUCCCGGGACUCUGUCGGCGUUGGUGUCGCGCGCCCCCCUCACCGCUGUCCCCUUCCCCAGGUCUUCGAGCGCCCGGGAAGGAAAGUGACGCGCGGUGAAGGUUCCUCCGCGCCGGAGCGGCGGGCGCCCCGUCCCUGCACGCAGCACUCAGUGCCUUAGGAAACAUCCAGCUAUUGAUUUCGUACCAGACCUGACUGGGCGUCAACUGCCAAAGCUGUUUUGGUGAGAAGUAAAAGGAUCCUAGAGCAGAAUGAUGACUGUAGACCUGAAGGUGACUGAAUACUUGAACUCUCACGUCAGGGCUCUGUGGGAGACUAAAAGACCUGUGAGAGAGAGCUCCAGUCAGAGUAAGAAAUACACUCCACAAAGGGGCGUUUUCCAAUCUGAGAAUUUUCGCCAGCACUUCCGGAGCUUCCGCUAUCAGGAAGAGGCUGGGCCCCGGGAGGCUGUGAGCCACCUUCAGAAGUUCUGCCAUCAGUGGCUGAAGCCCGAGAUCCACUCGAAAGAACGGAUCUUGGAACUGCUGGUGCUCGAGCAGUUCCUGACCAUCCUGCCCAGAGACACGGAGACUCGGCUGAAGAAGCACCGGCUGCAGACCAUUGAGGAGGCCGUGGCGCUGGUGGAAUGCUGGCAGAGGGAAGCUGCUCAAAUGACGAAUGGGGUUGCAGCCCAUGAUCUGGGAAAGGAAAUGGUGCUCUUUGGAGAAAUAUCAGCUGCUCCAGGUUCCAAGCUAAAGCCACCAGAAUUCCAGCCAGUGAACCUAUGUCAGAAUGAAGAAUUUUGGAAUACAUACAGGGGUCUGCAAGAACAGCUGAGCUGGAACAUUCAGAAAGACACUGAGCCUUUAUGUGAGAGGGCUCUUCCAGCAUGCCAGCCUCUAGCCUUUCCCGAGCAGACAAACACCAAAGACUGGACAGUGGCACCUAAGCUCAUCUUGCCUGAGUUCCAGAACUUGUUGGCAUUUGAAGAAGUGGCCCUAUAUUUUUCCCAGGAAGAAUGGGCAUUACUGGAUCCCACUCAGAAGGCCCUCUACAAGGAUGUAAUGCAGGAGAACUAUGAGACUGUCGUCUCUCUAGCAUUAUUUGUGCUUCCCAAACCUAAAGUGAUCUCCUGUCUAGAGCACGGGGAAGAACCAUGGGUUCAAGGACCCAUUGAAUGCAAAGACAGCCCUGGAAUGUUGCCUGCAGGGUUAAAGUUCAAAAAUGACAUUGAAAAUCAUCAGCCUAUAUGUCUUUCUAACUUAGAAGUACAAGCACCAGGAGAUACAGUGUCCAAAAAGAUUAAAAUAAAAGUUCCCCAGAAAACAACAGGUGAAGAAAAUCAUGGUGAUAUGCAGAAGGCAGGGAAAUGGCACCGAGAUAGUCCAGUGAAGAAAAAAAAGAAGCUUUCAUCUUGGAAACAAGAACUGCUGAAACUCAUGGACCUUCAUAAGAAGCACCGCGCGGGAGAGAAGCCUUUCAAAUGCCAAGAGUGUGGGAAAAGCUUCAAAGUUAGUUCUGACCUUAUUAAGCAUCAAAGAAUUCACACUGAAGAGAAACCAUAUAAGUGUCAGCAGUGUGAUAAAAGGUUUAGAUGGAGUUCGGAUCUAAAUAAGCACUUAACAACACACCAAGGAAUAAAACCAUAUAAAUGUUCAUGGUGUGGGAAAAGCUUCAGUCAAAAUACAAAUUUACACACACACCAAAGAACUCACACUGGAGAGAAGCCUUUUACUUGUCAUGAAUGUGGGAAAAAAUUUAGUCAGAACUCCCACCUUAUUAAACAUCGGAGAACCCACACAGGUGAGCAGCCUUAUAGCUGCAGCACAUGCAGGAGAAAUUUCAGCAGACGGUCGAGUCUUCUUAGACACCAGAAACUGCAUCGGUAAGGGAAUGUAUUCUGGUCUUCUCAGUCGGAAAAAACACAUUCCAUGGAUAUAACCUCAAGGUUUUGAAAACCUACAUUGUGAGGCACAAAGAAUUUUAUCAGUGGAAUUCGAGGAUAUAUAAGCACUUAACAAAAACAAAAUCAGGUCAGCUCUAUGGGAUGCAUUAGUACUUAUACUGUUUAUUUUCACAUAACUUUCAGGGAUUUCUUUAUUAAGAUAGGUAUUCUAAAAACAUUUGGAACAUUUUGUACAAGAGGAAAUCUCCAGGGAAUAUAGCUGGCAUAAUAGCAAAUUUCACUUUAAACAGCAGAGGCAACUGUAAGUCCUUCGUGGCCACUAACCCCGGGUAGCCACAUGCAAAGCAAAUGCCCUGCCCACUGCACCGUCACUCUGACACUUCCACUCUAACACACAGUGGGGGUAUUUGUACCAUCAUCUUCCACAACAGCAAUAAAUUCGCAGUGAUUGUAUAUCACCUUCACGGUCACAUCUCAAGUAGCCUGAUGGAAGAAAUGAACUCUAAUGCAGUGUUUUCUAAGAACCAAGAGAAUUUUCUUCCAUUCUCAUAAUUGAAACACUAUUCACAGAGUUAGAUAUUGAGUUCUUUCUUGAACUUUUUGUAAACUUUAGCUCUUGAAUUUUUACAGUGCUGAUAUUAUUUACUUCACUGAGAAAUUUGCCACAUGAGCUAAUAAUGCACUCUUAUGCCUCUCAUUGGUGAUGUUUGAAGAAAGGAAAACAUCUCUAAUGAGAUCAUAUGAAAACGGGUUGGAAUUUUUAGCCAUGAAUUUUAAUUUUUAUAUAUAUAUAUAGCUGUAAAGGGUUGGGGAUAUAUUUUAGGGGUAGGUUCUGGGCUUAGUACCUGGUGCCACAAAAAAAAAGUAAUUUUCUGCAGUAAAAGCUAGAUUGUUCCUUACCUCAUAUGUCAAUAGGAUAAAAUAGCCAUAAGAUCUUUUCGCUCAAGAUCUAAAAAAAUCUAAUGAAUUUAGGUUCAACUCAGGUUUUUGUUUUGAAUGUGGCUUACUGAUGACAUUGAGCUGUGUUGGUGUCAGACUCCGGCAUGUGUUACAGACAGGCUCUUGGGGCAGUCAGCAGGAGACAGGGUUCCAGAAGGAAAACCUUUAGAGCUGAUUCUCCACAGGCAAGUUUAUUUCCAUGUUGUUGAGACACAUUACAUGUUACACUUUUAAGUGAGCAGUUAGCUGUCUGUCCUCUAGUAUGGCAUUUAGCAGCCGCAUUAGGUGUUACUCUGCUAAAAAUACGGGCUGAGGAUAGAUUUUCUUUCCGCACACCUUUUGUGGGGAGUGGGUUGUAGGCCAUUCCUGGCUGUGCCUCUUGCUCUGCGCUCAGGAAUUGCAGUGCCUGGGGGACCCUGUGAGGUGCUGAGAAUCAGACCUGGGCCGGCUGUAAGCAAGGUAAGGGCCCUUUCUGCUGUGCUGACUCUUAAUUCAUCCUUUUAUCCACAACAGUGACAUAAUGUUAGGGAGCGGUUUAAAUUAUUUCUGUCUCAUAUGAAAUUAGUGGUCCAGACAUACAGGAAGCUGUUGACUCCAUAGCUAGAGGGUCCCUUGGCUGUCACUUAUCUUCAUCCUGAAGGCAGGAUUAUAGAAGGCUAGCGUGUAGUGUUAUGCUUGUACAACCAGCCUGCCAUUGUACCUAGUUCUAGCUUAUAAAGCAUUCAUGUUAAGAUGCUCUCCAUUUUCUGUAUAAGAGAGGUAGCACUUAGGAUUGUUGUGGACAUUAGAUAAAAAUCUGGAAGUAUCCUAAUGUGCUGAAUUGAUCUGGUUUUUGGCGUAAGAGCCACCUGAGCACUUGCUCUGCCACUUUGCAGGGAUCCCCUCCCCCCAGUUUCUCCAGAUCAGCUCCUUUGAGUGUUUCUGAGAAUAGCCUCUGACACUCCAGUCUGUGUAGGUAGCUCCUCUCCAGCACCUUCGUCCCGGGGACUGCAGGUUUUGGUGUUUGGGGCCAUGGCCAGCAGGGCUCAGGUUAUUCCUGGUUCAGGGGUCAGUCCUGGUGUGCUUGGGUGACCACGUGGGGUUUGGGACCAAGCCCAAGUUGGCCACGUGCAAGGCGAGCGUCCUCCCUGCUGCAUUACUGCUCUGGCCCCAGGGGACUAUUUUGGAGGGAUCCACAGUCAUUCCUUUAAUUGAACUUAGGGUCUGUCAUGCUUUUGCGAGGCUCUAAACAGCAGCAAAUGAGACACCUCAGUGUAUCCCAGAGAAUGUUUAGGGGAAUGAAAGCGAUGCGUCCCCAUCUUCGGUGUUAGACUGCGCCUCCAGUUAUGUAAAGGACUGGGCUGAAGCAGCGGCGGCGUGAGACUGGUGCUUCCUCCCCUCCCCUCAGUCGUGAAAACUCACGGAAGACCUGUGAGACCAAAGAAAUUUGUGACUGAGCCCCCACCUGAGUCAAGCUGUGUUUGGAGUUCCCAAGGAUGUAAUGAACUUUGUAGUGAUGAAAAAUAAAUUUUUAUUGUUUGUAAGCGA